AUGUCUCCCACACAGCUCGAGCCCGUAAAGCUCAUCAGUCUUGAGGAAAUGCAAGGCUGCAUGGCCGCCGUCUAUGAAUGGGCCGAUAGCUACGAUAGUAAAGACUGGGAUCGCCUCGCCAAAUGCAUCGCUCCAACCCUUCGUAUCGACUACCGCAGCUUUCUAAACAAGCUUUGGGAGGAAAUGCCCGCAGAAGAGUUCCUCAAAAUGGCUUCAGACCCCAAGGUGCUAGGAGACCCACUCCUAAAGACACAGCACUUCAUCGGUGGCACCAAGUGGGAGAAAGUCAGCGACGACGAGAUUAUUGGCUACCAUCAGCUGCGAGUCCCUCACCAAAAGUACACAGACGAGACCCUUACAAAGGUCGCGGUCAAGGGUCACGCACACUCAUUCAACCUGCAUUGGUACAAAAAGGUCAACGGCGUGUGGAAGUUUGCUGGACUGAAUCCCGAUAUCCGGUGGUUCGAGUAUGACUUCCACAAGGUGUUCGAAAGCGGUCGCGAAGAGCUCGGCGAGGCAGACAUGGCGGCUCAAGCUUCUGGUGGGUUGAACUUCGACAACGUGGAGGAUCCAUUGCUGGCUCAGGCUAACGCUAUCGUUCAAGGUAUUCCUCUCGCGUAG